CUACGGAAACUCGAAAAGGUCAAUUUCCGUGACAGUAGCCUGUAGCGCGAAGGGAACAAUGAUGUCUGAGCAGGAGGCUCUGAAGAGGAACCGCGGCGGAGUGCAGCGGGUGGAAGGAAAACUACGCGCUAGUGUGGAGAGGGGAGACUACUAUGAGGCCCAUCAAAUGUACCGGACCUUAUUCUUUAGGUACACGUCUCAGUCCAAGCACACAGAAGCCCGGGAGCUGAUGUACAAUGGAGCCUUGCUUUUCUUUAGUUAUAACCAGCAAAACAGUGCUGCAGAUCUGUCCAUGCUUUUCCUGGAGGCUUUAGAGAAGUCCAAGGCCAAGGUAGAAGAGGAGAUCCUGGAGCAACUGGUCAAGCUGUUCAGCAUGAUGGACCCCAACUCUCCCGAGAGGGUGGCUUUUGUCUCGCGGGCACUCAAGUGGACGACGGGCGGCUCAGGGAAGCUCGGAGACCCCAAAUUACACCAGCUGUUGGCUGUCACACUGUGGAAAGAACAAAACUACAGCGAGUCUCGAUACCACUUCCUGCACUCCUCAGACGGCGAGGGCUGUGCUCAGAUGCUGGUGGAGUACUCGUCCACUCGUGGCUAUCGCAACGAAGUUGACAUGUUUGUGGCUCAGGCAGUCUUACAGUUCCUGUGUCUAAAGAACAAAACAAGCGCGUCGGUGGUGUUCACCACGUACACACAGAAGCACCCGUCCAUAGAGAAAGGCCCUCCAUUUGUUCAGCCGCUUCUCAACUUCCUCUGGUUCCUACUCUUGGCGGUGGACGGUGGGAAGCUGACAGUCUUUACAGUAUUAUGUGAACAGUAUCAGCCAUCGCUCAAGCGGGAUCCCAUGUACAAUGAGUACCUGGACAGAAUAGGACAGCUGUUCUUUGGCGUUCCACCCAAACAGUCCUCAUCAUACGGUGGCCUACUAGGGAAUCUGUUGAACAGUCUGAUGGGGUCGGGCGAGGAAGAGGAUGGUGAGGAAGUUCAUGAGGACAGCAGCCCCAUCGAGCUGGAUUGAACAUCGCACACCUCCAUUACAACCUCUGACUCAGAGAAAACAAAAGAACUGAAUCAAACUCAACUUUUUUUUGACCACAUGUCCCGGAAUAAGUAGCUGCAGUUUUUUUUGGUUUAUUUUUUAUUUCUUUGCUCAUGUGUGUAGUUUUCAGAAAAGGCGACUGAUGCCACUGGACUACUCCUACUGCACCCACACCAUCGACUCUCACUGAGGAAAAAAAAAACGAUGAAUAAAUAAUCUGCCAUAAAAAUGGAA